CGUCAUUCCCGAGAUCCUCGUCAUUCCCUAGAUCACCUUGCAAUAUCCCAUUCCAUAGACCUGUAAGCUACCGAGUUACGGCGUUCUACGUUACGGCGUUUUACGUUACGGCGUUUUACGUUACGGCGUUCUACGUUACGGCGUUCUACGUUACGGCGUUCUACGUUCCGGCGUUCUACGAGCAUGUCAAAGCGUUCCGGCGACUACGAGCAUGACAACGGCCGCGAGAAGAGGCGAGAGCGGGACGAGCGGCAAUCUAAUGACACGGACGUCGUUUUCCGCAUCUUAUGCCCCCAGGCGAGAAUCGGAUCGCUUCUAGGGAAGCACGGCGCGAUCAUUCAGAGCAUCCGAGAAUCCACGGGAGCUCGCCUUAAGCUGGCUGACCCAAUGCCCGGCACCGACGAACGCGUUAUAAUCGUCUCCGCUCGCAGCGACAAGAACUAUCGCAGCGGCGACGACCCCGCACGCGACGACGGCGGCGACAAAGCCGCGGAUCGCCCGGACGACUGGUCCGUCGCACAGGAAGCCCUGAUUCGCGUGCACGCGAGGAUCGCCGACGCCGAUGGCGACAGUCGCGAAUUUCGCGACAAGGAUGGGGCAGAGGGUGGUGCUAGUAGCGGUGCGACUGGUGUUCCGGCGAGGCUGCUCGUGCCGAGCAGUCAGAUCGGGUGUCUUCUGGGGAAGGGCGGAUCCAUCAUUGCGGGCAUGCGGCAGGAGAGCGGCGCGAACAUCAGGAUUUUCAACAAGGACAAACUGCCGGCGUGUGCGCUACCCACGGACGAGCUAGUGCAGGUGACGGGCGAGUACCCUGUGGUCCAGAAAGCCCUGGAGCUGAUUUCCAUCCGCCUCAGGCGCUCCCCUCCCCGCGACCCCCCCAAUUUCCUCGCCAUGCACCCCACAUCUGGUUACCAGCCGGCUGCUGGUUACCAGGCGUCCGGUGGUUACCCCCGUGCAGCUGAUACCUACUCCUCUCGCAGCGGCGCAGUUGCGGCCUUCCCUCCCCCGCAAAACCCCCAGGCCUACUCCCCCUACGCGCUUCCCCUGCCUGGCGCGCCCGCCCCUUCCCCUUACGGGGGAGCGUGGGGCGCAGGCGCGCCAGCAGCAGCAGCAGCUGUGCACGCGUAUGGGGGAAUGGGUGGGGGGAGCUUUGGGGUUGGGGGAAGGGGUGGGGGCGGGGCGGAGGGGGCAGGAGUAGAGAUGGAGCUGAGGCUGCUGUGCCCCGGGGAUAAAGUGGGGGUUGUGAUUGGAAAGGGCGGAUCCAGAAUCAAGCAGAUAAAGGAGGAGACAGGGGCGAGAGUGAAGGUGAACGAGGCUGUUGCUGACUGCGAUGAGCGCAUUGUCGUCAUUGACGCUGUGGAGGCGCCCUUCUCGCCCGUGUCGCCCACUGAGGAGGCGCUCUUCCGCGUGCACGCAGCCAUCUCGCAGCCCCACGGGGGCGACAGAGGAACAGAGGAGGGCGCGCGUGACAGUAACGGGGUCACUGCUAAGCUGCUCGUUAGGAAGGGGCAGGUGGGGUGUUUGAUGGGCAAGGGCGGCAGCAUCAUCAGUGAGCUGAGGAGCACCAGCAGGGCGCGCAUCAGCAUUCCGCCCAAGGACCAGCUGCCCAAGUGCGCUGAUGACACGGACGAGGUUCUAGUGGUGUCUGGCGAGCCCCACUGCGUCUCGCACGCCCUGCGCCUUGUCUGUGCGCGCCUCAGAGGCAGAGAGACCGCAGUCGCAGCCAAAGGUGCUGCUUCCGCUGGUGCCGCAACUGCUGGUGGUGCGCGUGGCAGUGGUGGUGCUGGUGGGGGUGGCUAUGUGGAACCAGCGAGGGGUGUGGCGUACAGCUACCCCCCGUCCAGCAGUCGUGGCGAUGCAUAUGGUGGUGGCGGCCACUCUUAUCCUGCCCCAUCAUCAUCAUCCCCUGCGGUGGUGGCCACUCUCUCUGCUGCCGGCCCUGAUGGCACCGUCGGGUGGUCCUAUGAGCCCUCUUCCCAGCCAAAGGUGGAACCCGCCUUUCACAAUGAUGGCUACUCUGCCCCCAGGGGCUCAGGCUGGGACGUGGCACCAGCUGCAGCACAAGACUACGGCAACUACUCACACCCCUCGGCGCCCGCUCCUGCUCAUGCUGCUGCCGGGGGUAACGGCGAUGGCAGUGGUGGUGGGGGGGCAGGGGCAGGCGAAGGGGCGGGGGGAGGCGUGCUGACGGCGCUGGUGACGGUGCCUUCUGUGGCAGCGGGGGCGGUUAUCGGCAAAGGCGGAGCCAACAUUCAGCAGAUCAAAAGCAUAUCAGGGGCGCGUGUGCGCAUGUACGAGGGCAGGGAGGGCGACAAUGAGAGGGUGGUGGAGGUGGUGGGGUCGUCAGACCAGGUGCAGGUGGCUCAAGCCAUCAUCCACGCGUUUGUGAUCAAAGGGACGGCUGCUGCUGAGAGGCACUCGGCAGAGAGGCACGAGGCGUUCUGAUGUGUCUGCUGGUCUGCUGGUCUGGUGGGUUCGCUACAUUCACUCAUUGCAUGGUUCGUGCACACAGCUGGGCUCCACCAUAUGCCUAGUGCCUCGCGUUGACACGUUGCGUCCUCCGCCCCUUGCGUUACGUGUCAUGUCCCAUGCCCCAUGCCACAUACCUCAUGCCCCAAACCUCAUACCCCAUGCCUCAUGCCACAUGCCUCACGGCCCAUACCUCACGGCUCAUACCUCAUGUCCCAUACCUGAUGCCCCAUACCUGAUGCCCCAUACCUGAUGCCCCAAGCCUGAUGUCUCCAGGUCGUUUUCUCGCCAAGCCUUGCACCUUCCUUUCUUCCGAGCUGUUUCCUGAUCCCUAAACGGCUCCUAUUCUGCUCUUACAAAGACCUUAUCCCGGUUCAUGCCCUUUGCCCACCUCUACUCAUCCCCCUCCCAUCCUCAUCUCGAACGCCCAUUCCCACCCGCAUUCCCAGUUCCUUUCCCGAUGCACAUUCCCAUUCCUGCGCCUGCUCUGCCUGUCUUAACCCACGACACUUCACUGUGCAGCAGCCCCGGAAUCAUCAGAGCCUUGUGCGCCACAUACUCAGGACACCCUGCACCAUUGAUGCCUUGGCCCAAGACAAUCCCAAGAGACAAUCCCAAGUCCAUCUUAGAGAAAGAGAGACCAGCCUUUUUCUCUCUCUCCAGUGCCUUGUGCUUAGAAAUGGCCUUCAGCCCAAGCCAGGCACAAGCCACAGUAGGCCCCUUUUUGCUCAAAUAGUUUGUCACGCAUGUCAGCUGGAGCGAUUGACAAUUUGCUCCAACAGUCUCUCCUCUCCCCCUUGAAUGUCCUUCGCUCACCGCCUAUCCUGUCUGUCUGACAGCUCUUCGCAUACAUUAACCUUUUCCAAACUUAACUGCAUCAGUGACUUCUGUGCCUAAGGACUGCCUUCUCCUUUCUGGAGACUGCCCUCUCUACGAAUGUCAGCUUGACUCAGAAACUGGUUCAAACUCUUAGCUGUUCUUUAUAUCGGUUGUCUGCCUCUCUAGCUCACAUCCUAACUGCGAAUGCCCCCCAUUUUACGUAUGCACAUGCAUGUUUGCAGCCGUCCUCAUAGCCGUCCUCACUGCCGUCCUCACAGCCGUCCUCACAGCCGUCCUCACAGCCGUCCUCACAGCCGUCCUCACAGCCGUCCUCACAGCCGUCCUCACAGCCGUCCUCACAGCCGUCCUCACAGCUUCCUCACUCUCCCGUCCGUACUCCACCCCUGCCAUGCAUGCGUACUCCUGCUCUGCUGCAUAAACGUGCUUUGUGUUUGAGCCCUCUGGGCCCCUCCCUCCCUCCCUGUCCCCUUUCCCCCCCAAGUACCAUGAGCCCUGCCCCCUCCCCCCCUCCCCCCCCCCUAUUAUGAGCCUAUUUUCGUAGUAGGUUGUGCACAUAAAUUUCUGUUGAGCCCAUUUUUCAUAUGUUGCCUUGCCAUCAAUGGCCACCUCAAAUUUCUCUGCCAAUCGGGAGUGAGACGCCUGCAAUAUACUUAUGGAUGUUACAGGGUGUGGAUGGUGAAAUAUUAAUGGAUCAAGAUUAAUGUUGUGUCUAAGAUGAUAGAUCCAACAUAUUUAUGCAUGUAAGAUCUCUUGUGUGACGUGU